AUGACAGACAAAAGUGAACAACACAAUACUACAACCACCUCAUCACCAUCAAUCUCAAAGCCAACCACUACAGCAAGUUCUACCCCAACUUCUGACUAUGGUGACAAAAGUCCAAAGCAAACCGAUGAUGCAGAUCCUAUGGUCAUUCCCUUAACUUCGAGGUUUUUGUAUGUCCUGGCACCUCACACGGCUGAGGUUCUUGCUGAACAUUUGAAAGAAUGCAUCCACUCAUGGAAUAUUGAUAUCAGGUUGUCUUCUAUAACUGUGGAUAAUUGCACAACUAAUGAUGCUAUGAUUGAUAUUUUGCGUCAAGAGUUUCCUUAUGGCUCGUUAAUGUUGCAUGGACGUUUUCUUCAUAUGCGUUGUUGUGCUCAUAUACUUAAUUUGAUUGUUCAAGAUGGGUUGAGUGUUACUGCUUCAGAUAAAAGAAAUCAUAAAUUUGAACAAGUAGCUAAGCAAGUGGUUCCUGAAUGUACAAAAAAGUUACAACUUGAUUGCAAGACUAGGUGGAAUUCGACUUAUGACAUGCUUAUGGUUGCUUUAAAUUAUAAGGAGGUAUUUGUUGUCUUGAGUGGUCGUGAAAGUUUGUUUAAGAAUCUGCCACUUAAUGAAGAUUGGGAAAAGGUGGAGAAAAUUUGUGAAUUAUUGGAAGUGUUUAACGAUAUUACACUUGUAUUUUCUGCCUCUAAAUAUCCCACGGCAAACAAUUAUUUUCCAUGUAUUUGUGGGCUUAGAAUAGCAAUGUCGAAUUGGCUUUCAUCACCUUGUGAUUAUAUAAGAAAGAUGGUGCUAGUAAUGUUGGAGAAGUACAACAAGUAUUGGGCUGAUGUUAAUGGUCUUAUGGGUGUGGCCACUAUACUUGAUCCGAGGUUCAAGCUGAAAUUGAUUCGUUUCUAUUUUGAAAAAAAUUAUGACUCUUUUACUGUUCAAGCUGAGAUUGAUAGAAUUGAAGGUCUUCUACAUGAAUUUGUGGAUGAAUAUGAAUAUAGAAAUGGUAAGAACCAAGCAAGUAAAAGUAAAACCAAAUCUGUUGGUUUUUUCAGUACCAAGGGCAAAGGAACAAUGUUGAACGAGUUUGCUGAAUUUGUAGAGCAAAAUAAUACUGCAAUUUCUAAAAAAUCUGAUUUGGACAGGUGGAAGAGUAAUUGGUCCUUAUCGCAGUCUACUACUUCCGGAGACGAUUGA